AUGGUGCACGGACAGUUUUGAAUUUUAACAUUGUGUUCAGGCUAUGCAGAUUUCUUGACUUUGGAUUUCUGGACAAAAAAUUCGUCGCGGCAGCUUUUGGGAAUUCUCAGCCACACAUGGACGAUAUUUUUAGUCUCUUAUUUUGAGUGAUCCGUGCGCACGGACGUUGUAUUUGGGAGUGAAUUUUGCCGCGCAUCGCAAGCUAACAUUCAGUUUUUUUAAUACUUAACAUGGCUGACACUCAAUAAUGAAGAGGAAACCACUUAGUGUUGUUGACUGUCGUAACAUGAAGGUUUUAGGUUGUGGCACAAAAUUGUAGCAGCUUGUUAAGAGACCAUUACCGUGUGUGUCCUGUAUAUACCGCAAAAAUUCAUAAUGUCUGUCCAGGGAGCCAAGAAAAAGGAAUCUGAUGAAAGUCCUGCAGCACCAGACAGUACAACAAAGGAGCGUUGCUGUUUCACUGAAGGUGAAGAUGUACUACUGCAGCAGAAGGAUGGCCGUUAUUAUUUAGGAACAGUCGUUGAGGUUGAUCUGUCAGCAGAAAAAUGUUUGGUGAAAUUUGGGGACAACACUGAGAGUUGGUCAUCAUUUAAAGACUUGGCAAAAUUAUCGCAUCCAGAUUCCUCAAACAUUCUAUGUGUAAUCUGCAAAAAAUCUACUCCAAAAUCAGAUAAUGAGAUAAUUGUAUGUGACAAAUGUGGUCGUGGUUAUCAUCAACUGUGCCACCAACCUCAUGUAGCCAAAGAUUGCUCUGAAUCAGAUUCUGAAUGGAUCUGUAAGAGGUGCCUGGAGAACAUGCCAGCUAAAGUAAGGGAUAGUAAAAGUACAAAAAAGGACACAGUUCGAAAAGUGUCAGGCCUGUCAGCAGUUUCCAGGCAAGAUAUUCAAUCAAAUCAGACUGACAAACACAAACUACCUUAUGAUCCAGAUGUUCUGACGUGGGAUUCUGCUCAUCGAGUUAACUUGGAACAACGAUAUUGUUACUGUGGAGACAGUGGAGAAUGGUUUAUGCAGAUGUUACAGUGUGGGCGUUGCCAACAGUGGUUUCAUGAAAGAUGUGUACGCUGUUUGCAGUAUCCUCUUUUUUGUGGAGAUAGGUUUUAUGUAUUUGUUUGUUCAUUAUGUAACCACGGAAAGGAAUUUGUGAGACGGCUUGAGAUGAAAUGGGUUGACAUAAUACAUUUGACGCUAUUUAAUUUAACCGUGUAUAACGCCAAGAAAUACUAUGAUCUAGAUACUACUAUAGUUCCAUAUGUUAACAACAACUGGACCGCAUUUCAGCUUCCACCAAAGAUCCUCGAUAUAGGUGUAGAAGAAAGGAGAGACAACAUACUAUCAGUAUUGACUAAUAAUAGAAAUAGGUUCAAAUGUGGCCGUGAGAUAAAGAAACGAACAACGAUUUGGGGUCUUCGUGUACGUGUUCCUCCACCUGCACCAACAUUUACACUGCCAAGUGUUCGACCAGUCAGUGAUGCUGUAUUAAAGGAGCGCUGGAUGGGAAACAAGCGGUUAAAAUUCCUUCCACCCUCACUAAGUGCACUUGUGUCAGGAAAAUGCCACCUUGGUAAAGGAUUUUGUCACAGUGAAAACUCUUCAGGCAGCAAUCAAAAUUCCAUUAAGACUGGAGGGUCAGCAAAUGCAAACUCCAAAGAUAUUUCACCAUCUUGUACAAAUGAUGGCCACCCCACUACAAAUGGACUGCCACCUACACCAGGAAUUAAGAUAUUACAUAUUAAUUCCAUGUCUGAUGCAAGACAUACAGCAAGUGAAAAGGUUUCAGCAAGAAACUCUGAUCGCUAUAGUGGUGGUGGUUUUGUCAAGAAGUCAUCUUCUUUGUCUCCUGCAAAUCGGUAUACACUUCAGCAGACUCUUCUAAGGCGAAGGCAUAAAAACCUAAGAGGCUGUGUUGUUCAAACACAGAAAGAAAGGUUGUUGAGGCGGCGGCGGCAUAAACAGCAACAGAUAGAGAACCACGCAAAGAAUUUUACUGCCCGUAAAGCUCGGAAAUUGCUUAAGAAUGCAAUUGCACAGAGUCAGAAAAGCAGCCAGGAAUUGCCACCUACACCUCCGUCCUCAUCAACUCCAGACACACCUCAAGCUGUUCCAUCAGCUGCAUCUUCAUCAUCAUCCACAGUUACAACUCCAGUGCCAACUGAAUCAUCAGCUGCAGGCCCUGGCUCUCAAACAGUUCCACCAACAGAAAUUUCGUUUGUUCCUCCUUCAACUCCUGGGGAUACCAGUGGUGAUGAAACCUCAUCCCGGGGAACUCUGGACUCGUUUAUUCCACCGCCAAAAGAUUUUGAGGGGAAAAAUAAUCCAUUUCACAGCUUAACUGAGCUUCUUGCAGCACCAAGUGGUUUGAAUGUUUCUGGGAGUUUGUUUAGUUCCUGUGCAACACAGAACUCUCAGAAUAUAAAUCCAAUUACACUUCCUCUUCCUCUCAAUCCAGUUCUCCCCCAUCCGUUGCCCCCACGACCUGCCAAAAGGCAGUUAAGUGAGAAAGAUAUUAGAAUAGAUAGAAAUGGUGAAGUGAAGAGGCGUAGGCAUCGUCGCAGUCGUUUGGGUUCAGUUAGUGGAAGCUCUGUGCAAUCUUUAGCAAAUUCAUCUGGAGGAACAGCAAGUAAAACAGCGGCCUAUGUUCCAACGCGUCCAGAUCAAGCUGUAAAACCAAAUGAUGUAUGGUCUAGUGGCAUGACUUCAGUACGCUCAUUGCGAAGCAUGUAUUCGAGCAGUAGUGGUGGGCCAUCAUCUUCCAGCAGUGUCAAUGGUGGUCAGAUUAGUAGCUGUAUGGACUAUGCAUUAAAUGGAAGGCGUUUGAGAACAACACAGAGACAAGAAACAAAAGUCAGUGAUAAAAAAUUAGUUUCUCAGUCUGCAUCUUUAAAAUCUUCACCAGUGAAACAAAACCCUGUACAGAUAUCUAUGGAUGAUCUCAAAUCAUCAGUCAAUAUAUAUUUCGGUGCAGCAAAUCGAAUUGCUUCUGGAGAGAAGUUCACAAUUAGAGCUAAGAGGACUACUCCAAUGGGUAAGACACAGUAUCUUAUUGAGUGGGAAGGUCCUUCUGCGUAAUAGUUAAAGUGAAAUGAAUAAAUAUCUCAAAGUAUUACUGUACAAAUAAUAUAUGUUUGGAAUACCAGAUAACUGAGCAUUUAUCGGUGUAUUAAUGUUUUGUGUUAUGUGAAGUUGUUUGGCUUUGUGGGACUGUGUUUCUAUAUCGUGAAAAUGAAUGCUCACGUGUAUUCUAUUUCCACCACUCUCACGUUUUUGAGGGGAUUACAUAAAUGUGUAAUGUAGUCCCCUAAGAUCGCCGAUGUUUACAGUGACCAUGUUAAAAUUAUAUUAUAGUUACCUACUAUUUCUUAAUAUGUUGUAUAUGUUGUAAUACCUUUUGUUUCGGCUAUGUGCUUCAUAAGACAUUCAGUUAUGUUUUUAACACUGACUUAUUAUGUGACAUCGUGUCAUAUUAUACUGUUUACCUGACUGAAUCAUCAUGUUACAUUUUAAUGUCGUAUCUCAUAAAGACUAGAUUUUGGGUAAUAAGUCAGUGAUUUAGUUUACUGAAGAAACUGGGUCAUCUAACAGUAAUGUGGCUGGCAAUUCUUGCACUGUUGUACCCACAUGUCCUCCUUCACAAAGGGCAUAGAACGGUUGUUACAUUUUUAAUGCGUUGGCACUUACUCGGGCAUAAACUUUUUGCAUACCUAAGUUUUGUGCUUUGUUGUAUUUUAUUCAUUUUUAUCUUGUGUAUAGAGUUUUAGUUAUGUUUAUGCUUCAUGGCCAUAAGACUUGUUCAAAAAAGUAAACUGUGUAUAUAAAUAAGUGUUUAAUGGAGCUGUGGGUGUACAUUAUUAAAAAAUGAAGCCGUCAACAAGAAUGCAUGAAAAUGAUUGCUGUACUUGUAUACUUAAGGACCUGUGAUAACUGACAGUGCAUGUCUGAUAUGUUUGGAAUUAACAUGAUAGCAUUUGUCCAUGUUUUAGAUAUCUUAUAACUUCAUUGUAAUAUUUUCAUUACUUUUCUGGAUUGGGUUUGCGUUUACAACACAGGUAAUGUUAAGAAAAUGGGUGUGAGUGAGUACUAUCAUCUUGAUAAUUACUGUCUCAAAAAUUUGUCAGUUUAUCACAAUUUGGAAAAUAUUUUUCAUUGGUUUACUGUAUUAAUUGUGCAAAAUCUAACCAGAACCCUGUAGUCACAAGUUCUUAUUUUCAUCUACACGUUUUUGGGACUAAAAAUUGAGUAGAUUUAACUGUAUGCAGAAUAAAUACACUUUCUCAUAUUUUGAAGCUGAGAUCCCAUACAUAUUUAGGUCUGCCACUGCCCCUCCCCCUUCGUUGUUUAUUCCAUUUUAGAUCUCCCUCCCUCCCUUUCUCUACGACCACAAAGCUAUCUUGUACUCACCAUGCUAAUAUAAGCAGUCCUUUAUAAAUGAGAACAGAGUGCAUAGUAGAGGUUGCCAUAAGUUUGAUGUUGCAUAUUGUGCAUCAUGUAUCUUGCUCAUAAGACACAUGAAGCACUGAUUAAUACUACAUGGCAGUCAUCUGACUAACCAUGUUAGUUUGCUGUGUACUUUGGAUUUUAACAGUAUUUAUUAAAAAGUUGUGCACUGAAACUGGCACUACUUUGAGUGGCUUCUAACAGUGGCAACUCUUCACGUUUGAAAUCCACACUCGCUGAACUAGUCUUCUGCAGAAGCAUAAUUUGACAGUUUUUAGUUUCACUAUGAUGUACUUAAAUGUUUUAUUUUAAAAUCAGAGACAUUAUGUGGACAGUCCAGGAUAUUUUCCACAAAUAAUGUGUGUCAUUAAUAUCGGAAUACCCUCGUGUAAAAUCUUGGGAUGUUAGUUUAUAUAAGGAGUGCUAGUGUUGGGAGUAAGAGAAAAAAAAUGCUACAUUCUGUACAAGUAGUUUAAGAAAAGAGUGCCAAAACAAUUCUUUUGAGCUAUUUAUCAGAUAAGCAAAGACACACUUGUUUUAUAUGAAAACUGUCUGUUAAAUUUUUACAAUUUUACUGCAUUAGAUGACAUGAUUGGCUACUGUUCAUUUAAACAUGUCUGAUAAAAACAGGAACACUGACCCUAAUGAAGUGGAUAUCUGUUCUCCAUUAAAAUUGUGCCGUUAUUGUCUAGCUUAACACAAAAAAUGUCUUUGUAGUUAUUCUCUUAUUGUUCUGAAUGUCUGAAAUUCAGAUUGUGACCACUUAAAAUUGCCCCAAUUUUCCCCUAAUGUUGUUGUUACUUAAGAUUUCUAAAUUAUUUUAUCAAUUUUCUAACUGUCCAAUUUUCUUUUAGACUGUGAGGUUCCAUUAUCAUAAUCAGUAAGCUGAAGACUGUUUAUGCUUAAGUCUGAGAUGAGUAAGGAAAUGACAUUUUUAAUAUGUGUGAAAUCCAAGCCAAAGUGUUUUAAAGUAAAGAAUUGGGUCCUGCUAUGUUAUUUGUGGGAGUCUGAAACAUUACAACAAAAUUUUUAAUGCAUUUUGAACAUUGUAAAUAAAAACUACUUUUUUUACAGAAUAAAUGUAAUGCUAUGUAUCAGUGUUAGUGCAUAUAUGUAAUCUUUGGUUGGUUGUGUUUUGAUUUUUACUUAUGGCAUGUGUUUGUAUCUGGCAGCUAGUACCCUAACUUCCUCAUUUGAUUAUUCUCAAUGGGAUCUUCAGUUGGCAUGUAUAUACAUUAAUCUUUAUUGGUGUGAAAAAAAAUUUUUUUUUUCUGUCUACUGGGUACAUCAUUUAAUUUCUGUUUUAUGUUUUUGUGUAAUUUAUAUUUUACAUGAAUAGUGAGAUUGGCUCAGUUUUCAACUAGAAAGGUUUGAAGUAACGCCUUAUUCACAACCAUGAUGGCUGAUGGCCAGUGUAUUACAUUGUUACUUUUACUCUGUGUAGCCGAUUUUAAGCGAUAUGCCUAUUUUUCAUAAUAAAUAUCGCAGUAAUCCUAAAAUACAGGUGGAAAAUAUUGCCUUUCAGUUUCAUGUACUGCAGCCUAUAGUCUUCAGUGACUUUGAACUGCUUUAAAAGUAGUGCACUAGUUGUUUUGGAACCAAAUCUAUAGAAUCCCUAAGGGUGUGCAGAAGAAACAAUUAAUGAUUAAAUUUAAUUCAUUUCCAAUGCUCACCGUAGACACGAGUGAGAUAAUACUCCUGAAGGCUCCAGAAGUAAAUUUGUCUAAGCUGUUAAUCGGGCUUUAAGUAAAGUAGACAUAAUCCUAAAAAUACAGAGGGAAUAUAUAUAAUACAGAAUGGGAUGUGUAAUAUUUUAAAACGAAAAAGUAUUGUAUGUUAUUAUUUGACCAGCUCUCACUAAGUGAAGACAAUGACAGAGUAAAUACGUCACUGGCACUGGAUGGAGGAAAGGCAGUUGCAACAAACUGAAAGUGUAAGUCAUGUUUGAAACAACAAUUAAAGAAAUCAGUGUAGGUUUAAAAGUGUUUCGAUGGUGAUGAAAAUUAGGAAAAUCAAUUCAAUUUAUCUCAAAAUCAUGGGGAGGUAGGAAGUAGGGUGGUUAUAGGAAGAACCAAUAUAAUAAAUGUACAAUAAAGUUUCAUACAUGAUAGUUAAUGCCUGAAUUUAUACAUCUCUUGUCUAAUUUUUGAAAAUGUGAAAUCGGUUCCCAGUAUGUUUUAUGUGCUCCUUUUUACUUAUUAUUUGACAUCUAUUAUAAACAUUAUUUGAAUAUGGAAACUCACUAAAGUUAGAUUGAAAAAAAAAGAAGCUGGCUGUCUUUUGUAUUUAUAUAAAAAAAAGGGGGGGGGG